GUGCCAGUGUAACAAGUAUUGCUUGUUUAACGAAUUUUUGUUCCAAAUCUAGGGGGCGUCAAUUGUGAAACGACCAACCGAAUGAUAUGAGGCUUUUAGGUCACUCCGUUCUUUCGAUGGUAAUUCAGUAAUAGCUUGCGCGUGGAAGUAGUGGGUUGCUUAACGUUUUAACGGGUGUUUUCUUCUGGAGCGAAAGAUGCUCUUCCUAAUGAAAAGUAUUGUUAUAUUUGUUUUCGUAAGUUUGCUAGGCUUCACUAUUGCUUUCAAUUGCGACGGAGAGCCGUCUUCGAGCGAAGGUAAACUGCUAAAAAAGCUGUUCUGCUACAACUAUGACAAAACGGAGCGGCCUGUAAAGAACUAUAGUGCAGCUGUAAAUGUUACGAUGAACGUUCACGUACAAAAUUACGACUUGGAUGAACGAAAAUCUACUCUCACGGCAUUUGUUUGGAUGAGUACAUCCUGGAAAGACGAGUAUCUAACCUGGGACCGUAUGGAGUAUGGGAUAGACAAGUUGAUUAUCGAAUCGAGUGAAAUAUGGACUCCAACAAUAAUCCCUUUCAACAACUACAAAAGCACAGAAGCGGCAUGUUCGAACCACCGCUGCGAGGUGAAUCAGUUGGGCAUGGUACUGUGCAUCCCACCUUGCCAGUAUGAAGCCUUUUGUGUGAGCAACACCGCUAAUUGGCCGUUCGACACACAGAACUGUUCGUUAUCUCUGGGCACCUGGGUUGAGGAUCUAGAGAAGAUAAAAAUCAACGAAAAUACCAACAUAACUACUAACUACAUUAAAGUACCGCAUUCGGAAUGGAAAAUGAUUUCUGCUAAUGCCAAGCAAUCUCUAUAUGAUAACGACACUUAUCCUACAGUAGAAUAUACAUUUCUGCUCGAACGACACAUAGCCAUAUAUGGAGCUAUUCUAACACCUGGCUUUAUCAUGGCUUUACUGAACAUGGGUAUACUUUGGAUGAGCUGCGUCAGCUCUGAGCGACUCUACAUUUUAUGCGGAACAUGUUUCGGCCACUUCGACUAUUUGGUAUAUUUGUACUGGCGUGUUCCUUAUCAUGGCGUUUCCGUUCCAAAACUGCUGAUUUUCUUUCGCGAUUCUCUUUUGAUAAAUGUUGCGAUACUGACAUUCACUAUCAUGCUGAGGCACAUGCGUCUGUCAACCGGAAACUCGAACAGCUUUUUUGAUAAGCUGGCUAUCAAAGUAGCGUCAACCAACGUGGGAAGCAUAUUACUUCAAUCAGAACGUGUGGAUAUCGACAACAAAGAAGAGAAUGAUAAUCAUGUUGAAUCGAAUGCAGAUGGGGAUACAGUUAAUCUAGUGGUUGAGGCAACGGAAGUCAAGACUGCUGAAAACCCGAAAGCCAAUUGCACUAGACAAGCCGUUGUUGUAACCUUCUUGGACAGGAUUCUUUUCGUUUGCUGCCUGCUUAGCUAUAUCUUGAUGCUGUUCAAUCUACUACCGAGUGAAUAUUGAAAAAAUAAGCAUUUGAUACAAAGAUAUAAGUACAACAAAACCUUUUAAAACAACAAUAAACGCUAUAUAAACUAUCAGGCACGUCUUCCUCAAGACUGAGCCUAAUGACCACGAAUCGCUCCGUUCCACUACGGUUAAAAUAUGAAAGGAUCCUAUUUAUAAAAUGUUUGACUACAGAUGUGCUAUUUGUAGGAAAUUAAGUCUGUUGAACGGAAAAAAUCAUACACAUUUGAAAUUUUCUCAAAUUAAUUUGUCAAAAGAUUUCAUAAAAAUGAGUAGACAGCUACAACAUUGCUACAAGGAAAGUUAACUGUAUUUUGGCAAAAGCAACGUGCAAUGUAAUUUUUGAUAACUUUGGAAAACAAGUAAACCAGCUUUUUUUAUUAAACUCUAUUGUUAUUAAAAUAUUUUACUAAAUUAUUCCUGUACACUGCAGUUUUGGUACCUUUAACACUUUCUGUACAUUUAUUAAUCUAUACAUUUAUGAUACAUUAAAGUGGAUUUUUUCUUUCAAGCUAGAUUUUUUGUAGACGGGUUGAAAUGAUUUGGAUGCGAUUUCCACA